UGUCCUCAGACGUGCAGCUAUGGUGUGAAGAAGCGGACCAACUAACGCCAAAGGACACCACCACAAACACAGCAUGACAGCGUGAAAGCAGUGGCCAUGGCUAACAACUGCAGGGCUGGAGCCAGACAAGUCCAUCACUUCCCUGUGACAAUAAGAGCCUCUCUGGUGCUACACUGAACACAGACACACUGAAUGUGCCAGCCGAGUGUGAGGAAGCCCAGCGGACUGCUUAACACCCACUAUUGGCUGCGUUCACCGUUUGCUUCCGUGACACCAGUAGAUGCCAGCUCAUCAGGAUGAGUGACAAGUGUCGGGGCAGGGACUUGACCAUCUGAGGAGGAGGAGGAGGAGGAGGAAGAGGAGGAGGAGGAGGGCGGGGCUAACACUACACUUGGCUGACUCAAGGUUCCAUCUGAGUUAGAGACGGAAACAAAAGACCAAAUGCCAUGGAUGUAUUCAAUUUCACCUACUGGAAUGCCUCUGAAGGCAAUGAAACAGAAGUUGUGGACGACAGUGAAAGCGCCUACAAGACUGUGGAGGUGGUGUUCAUCGUGUUGGUGGCUGGUUCCCUCAGCUUGGUUACAGUUAUUGGAAAUAUCUUGGUCAUGCUUUCCAUCAAAGUUAAUAGGAACCUACAGACUGUCAACAACUAUUUUUUAUUCAGCCUUGCAUGUGCUGACCUAAUUAUUGGACUGUGCUCAAUGAACUUGUAUACAGUCUAUAUAGUGAUAGGGUACUGGCCCCUCGGGCCAGUGGUGUGUGACCUGUGGUUAGCUUUGGACUAUGUUGUCAGCAAUGCAUCUGUCAUGAAUCUUCUCAUCAUAAGCUUUGACAGAUACUUCUGUGUCACUAAGCCCCUCAGCUAUCCUGUCAAAAGGACCACCAAGAUGGCUGGAAUGAUGAUUGCUGCAGCCUGGGUUCUGUCCUUCAUCCUCUGGGCACCAGCCAUCCUGUUCUGGCAGUUUAUUGUUGGUGGCCGAACAGUGCCUGAGAGGGAGUGCUACAUCCAGUUCUUCUCGAAUGCGGCUGUCACUUUUGGCACCGCCAUCGCUGCCUUCUACCUGCCCGUCAUCAUCAUGAUUGUGCUCUACUGGCAGAUCUCCAGAGCAAGCAAGAGCCGUGUGAAGAAGGAUAACCGCAAGCCGUCAGGGGCCAACCCGGAGCCCCUGGCACCUGGCCAGGGCAGGAACAAUGCACCUAAAGCCAACAACAACAAUGUACCGGGGGAAGGUACAGAGCGCUGCCCGACCCAGAACGCUGACGAAGUGGCUAACCAGCACGACGGAAAACUGCAGAACGGCAAGGGUCCGUCCUCAACCACUGCAGAGGGAGAGACAGAAGGCGAGGAUGCAGCGAGGGAGAACUGCACCCCCGGAGAAGAGAAGGAGAGCUCCAAUGACUCAACAUCGGGCAGUGUGGCUGCGUCCAACCAGAAGGAUGAGGAGGCGGUGCCCUCCAGGGCCAACUCCAGCGCCGAGCCCAGCCAGCCACUCCCACGCCACCGAGCCAAGGCAGGGGGCUCCAAGCUGACCUGCAUCAAGAUCAAGACUAAAUCUCCCAAGGGUGACUGCUACACACCGUCCAAUGCCACUGUUGAGAUUGUCCCAGCCACAGAGCGGCAGAACCACGUGGCACGGAAGAUUGUGAAGAUGACCAAGCAACCACCAAACAAGAAGAAGAAAGCGGCACCGUCACGGGAGAAAAAGGUGACCCGCACCAUCAUGGCCAUCCUGGUGGCUUUCGUGGCCACCUGGACUCCCUACAAUGUGAUGGUGCUGAUCAACACCUUCUGCUCCAGCUGCAUCCCCAACACAGUGUGGACUAUUGGCUACUGGCUUUGCUACAUCAACAGCACCAUCAACCCUGCCUGCUACGCUCUGUGCAAUGUCACAUUUAAAAAGACAUUCAAGCAUCUUCUCCUCUGCCAGUACAGAAAUAUUAGGUCAGCCAGAUAAAUAUGUGUCUCUUGGAGAGAUGGGUAUAAGUACAAGUUGACUGUGUAUGCGUGCAUAUAUGUGCGUGUGUGUGUGUGUGUGUGUGUGUGUGUGCCCAUGCAUGCGUGUGUAUGUGUGUGCGACUGUGAGUGACGUUUGUGACAUAGAUAAGGACAGCGAGAGUAUAUUUGAAAUUACUUUCCCUCAUUUAUCAUUAAUUUCCAAUUUCUCUCUCAAUAACCGGUUGUAGCACUUUACGCAAAUUCAACUGAUGCCAGUUGUACUGAGAUGUGUUGUGCAGAAACAGUGCAGAAAGGGAACGCAGAAUACUGACAGUUGGUUUGGAAAUAUUCAGCGUUAAGAAAAAAAAAAAACUUAGGGUGUCUAUAACUGUCUAAUGUGUAACACUUGGGAGUGACACUGAAUUGCAAAAGAGAUUGAAUAAAAUAAUAAUUAAAAAAAAAAAAAAGAGACAAGAGCAUAGACGGAUCUGCACUGUACAAAAACACGAAUAUUUUAAUGGGAAAAUAGGGCUGACUGAAUUCACAAACCUCACAAGUUUGAAGUUCAGUGAUGAUACCUGUAGAUAACUGUACAUAUCAGUGUAUACUCAAUAUGUUUGUGUGUGCAGACAUGAGUGUGUGUGUGUGUGUGUGCGCGCCCCUCUGCCUGCCUACUUUCCUGUCUCUGUGUCUGCCAACAUUGUCAGUCAUUUGACAAUUCUGUGAUUGGACAAUCCUUUCCAACAAGUUGAACACCAGUAACUCCGACUCAAGCACACGCUCCCUGGUGUAAGACGAUGCUCUCUGUUGGUGGUGCAUGGUGAUGAAGAGGAUGAAAAGUG